AUGGUCAUACUGACAUCCACCAAUUUUAAGUCCAAGAGAAAAGCAACAUCUAGAACAGUUCGCUUCAAGAAAACUGAUUUGAGCAAAGCCAACAAAUCUCAUGGGCUGGAAAAAGUGAUUUCUCAAGAACCUAUAAGCAGCAAGAAAAGGAAAACAGGAGAGCUAAAUUUGAGGACAGGUGAUUCAUUGAAGACUACACAGGAAAAACCUGAUAGUUUCAUUGAGAAGUUCAAUCCAACAAUUUCUUUAACCAAGCCAGAAGAUUGGUUUUCUCCCCGGUCCCCAAGGGAGCUUGAUGCAGCUGCAAUCAAGCUGCAGAAAGUUUACAAGCGUUACCGAACUAGACAAAACAUUGCAGAUUGCUCUGUGGUUGCUGCUGAGGAGCUAUGGUGGCAGGCAUUAGACUUUGCUGCUCUUAGGCGAAGCUCUGUGUCCUUCUUUGGUUCUGGUAAAUCAGAAACUGCAGUUUCAAGAUGGGCAAGGGCUAGAACAAGGGCUGCCAAGGUUGGGAAGGGUUUGUCCACGGAUGAGAAGGCUCCAAAAUUAGCUCUAAGACAUUGGCUUGAGGCUAUUGAUCCGCACCAUCGUUAUGGACAAAAUCUGCACUUGUAUUAUGAUGUUUGGUUUAGUAGUGGGAGCUUUCAACCUUUCUUCUACUGGUUGGAUGUUGGAGAUGGCAAAGAAGUAAAUCUUGACAAGUGCCCAAGAACUGAUCUGCAGGGUCAAUGCAUCAAGUACCUUGGACCAAAAGAGAGGGAAGCUUAUGAAGUGAUUGUGAAAAGUGGGAAGCUUGUGUACAGACAAAGUAGGAAACUUGUGAAUACUGCUGAGGGUUGUAAAUGGAUCUUUGUCCUCAGCACAUCAAGGAAAAUGUAUGUUGGGGAGAAGAAGAAAGGCCUUUUCCAGCACUCUACUUUUCUAGCUGGAGGUGCCACACUUGCAGCAGGGAGAAUUGUUGCCUUUAAUGGGGUUCUUGAGGCUGUAUGGUCCUACAGCGGUCACUACCGCCCGACAGAAGAGAAUUUUAUGGAGUUCAUUAGCUUCUUAGAGGAGCAUCAGGUGGACUUAACAGAUGUUAAAAAAUAUCCUAUAGAUGAUGAUGUUCCACCUUAG